AAGUCAUUGUAUAGGAUGCCGGAAAUCAACGAAAAACGAUACCUUGAGCUCGGGAAAUUAGAUUACAACAGAUGUCAAGCCCAGCAUCAGAUGGAAUGGAACCAUAUGCAGCAAUGGUACGAACAUUCGAAUCUUGAAGAAUUUGGAGUAAGCAAAAAGGAACUGCUCCUUGCGUUUUUCGUUGCGAGUUCAAGCAUAUUUGAAACAGAGAGAUAUGGAGAAAGAAUAGCUUGGGUUAAAACCAAUAUCCUCUCUAAUAUUCUCUCAAAUCACUAUUAUUCCACUGAAGAUUCUUCGGAGCAAAGGACUGCAUUGUCGACGGAAUUACAAAACAAACAAGGCAGAAAAUGGGGAUAUAGUUACACUAAGGUACACAGACUUAUUGCAAUCCUACUCGAAACGCUUCAAGAAUCCACGACGCAUGUACUAGAUCGGACUGGCGUAGACGUUAGCAAUCUAUUACUUGAUCUAUGGGGGGCAUGGUUAAAGAAGCUAACCGGGGAAGGAGAUGAAGAAAUCGAACAAGUGGAGCUAAUUGUUGGAACAUUGAAUAUUUGCGGUGGCCAUAUUUCGUCUAAAGACGAUAAACUAUCCCACGAUGAAUACACAACUCUCUGUCGACUCAGUAACAAAAUCUGUGGCCAGCUUGCAGAAUUUAAAAAUGGAAAUAAAAAGGUAAACGACGUGGAAUGGACGACGAGUGAAAUCGAUAAGGACAUGCAGCUGCUGUUGAAGUUAGUACUACAUCCAAACUCGAGCUGCAACUUAAGUAAAGAUGUGAAGCAAACAUUUUUCGUGGUGGUUAGAGCAUUCUAUUACAAGGCGUAUUUUGCUACCGAGCAAAUCGACAGCCAUAUUUCCAAAGUCCUCUUUGAGAAAGUUGUCUAGUUCUCGUUAUACUUUAUUUCUACACAGUCAUCAAACCAAAGAGCAAUAAGA